GGGGCGGGCCUUCACGUUAAUCUGUACAAAAUGGCGACUGUUGUUGUUUUGCUGCAGGGUCAGUGAAUAAAUCCGCUUUUUUCAUUUCAAUAAUUCUCUGUACACUACGGCGGAAACAGCAAUUAAAACCCCUGCUGUCCCGAGGGCCGGCUCCGUGUGGACUGAAAUGAAAGGUAAAGAGCGGUCGCCGAUCAAAAAACGCUCCCGGGCCUUGGACGAUAUACGAGACAGGGGAGGAUGCCACCCGACCAGCAAGAAAAUGGGGGCUCUCUCCGUUUCCAGUGGGAGUAAUAAUGGAAAUAGCUCGACCAAAAGCGACGGCGGCUCGACGAGAAGGAGUUUACUCGGGGAAAAAAGAGACAGGGACUUUGACGGCCACAGUCGGACUGCAAAUAACCACAGUUGUCAGUCAGCUGCCGCCAGCUCCAUCGGCAAAAACCACAACCUAAGCCUGACGCUGGACUUAGCCUCGCCGAGGACCGCUUCCCGGGGGGAGCAGCGGGUGCAGCCGCCCAGCACCGAGAGUGAGUACAAAACCCUCAAAAUAAGCGACCUCGGCACCCAGCUGAGCGACGAAGACAUAGAGGACGGACUCUUUCACGAGUUUAAAAAAUUCGGCGACGUGAGCGUUAAAAUCAGCCGUAGCAACGACGAGCGGAUAGCCUUCGUGAACUUCAGGAAGCCGGAGGACGCCCGCGCCGCCAAGCACGCGAGGGGGCGGUUGGUGCUCUACGAUCGUCCGUUAAAAAUCGAGGCGGUGUACAUCAACCGGAGGAGAAGCCGCUCCCCGGUGGAGAGGGACCUGUACGGCGCGGCUCAAGGCCACAGACACUUGCAGAGACCCCUCUCGCCCACCGGGCUCGGAUACAGAGACUACCGGCUGCAGCAGCUGGCCCUGGGGCGGCUCCCGCCUCCCCCGCCGCCGCCGCCUUUGCCCCGAGAGCUGGAGCGGGAGCGGGAGUUCGCCCUGUUCGAGGCCCGGGCGCGUCCGGCUUUCAUAGCGGAGCGAGCGGCGUUCCGUGAGGAGGAUUUCAUAUCGCCAGAAGACGACCAAAGAGCCAACAGGACGUUGUUUUUAGGCAACCUGGACAUUUCCGUCACCGAGGCAGACCUGAGGAGAGCUUUUGACAGGUUCGGGGUCAUCACCGAGGUGGACAUCAAAAGACCCACGCGAGGACAGACCAGCACGUAUGGAUUUCUGAAAUUUGAGAAUCUUGACAUGGCCCACCGGGCUAAACUUAGUAUGUCGGGCAAAAUAGUAGGCCACAACCCCAUAAAGAUAGGUUAUGGGAAAGCUACUCCCACCACGCGCCUUUGGGUGGGUGGACUGGGACCCUGGGUACCUGUAGCUGCCCUAGCGAGAGAGUUUGACCGCUUUGGCACCAUAAGGACCAUUGACUACAGAAAGGGGGACACUUGGGCCUACAUCCAGUACGAAAGUUUGGAUGCCGCACAGGCGGCAUGCACACACAUGAGGGGCUUUCCGCUGGGAGGUCCAGAGAGAAGACUUCGAGUAGACUUUGCUGACACUGAGCAUCGUUACCAGCAGCAGUUCCUGCAGCCUCUCCCAAUCCCACCGUUUGACAUGGUGGCCGAAUCAUUUGUCCAUCGUGCAACACCUGAACCCCUGCGGGUCAGGGAACGGACUCCACCGCCACUUCACUUUAGGGAAAGAGAGCUCUUUCCUGGAACUGAGUGGCCCAAUCCAGCUAUUCGUGAUCGGGUACGCGCUUCCCCUUUCGAGCCCCUGGAGCACUUGGAACGUGAGCGGCGGGCGCGGGAGCCGUGGUCUCUGGAGCGAGAGCUGCAGGGACGAGAACCUGCACGCAAACGGCGCUUAAUGGAGGACGGACGCCACUUAGACCACUCUCCUGACAGCACGGAGAGGACAGUGAGGCGUAGGCGUGCUUCUCCAGAUGGCAGUCCUGGAGGCAGCAGCAGAGAUGGCGGGCGCUUCAGCGACUCGGAGCGCCCUCUGCGGGCCGAGAGACCCUCUCCAGCACAAGAACGUCACGGCAGCCUGGAAAGAGGUGUGGCCGAGCGGAGACUCAAAAGCCAGAUACUCUCCGACAAGGGCGCGCCAAGCAGCACCGUUUCAGCGGUUGGAGAGCGCAAGCGCAAAGCCGGCGACGUUGGUAAAGGGCCGGCCAAAAGAGAACGUUCUGAGAUCAAUUCCAAGGGAGGCCAGCUGUCCAAACCCGUCGGCACAAAACUCGGCUUGGCCUGGCACGGUAUGCUGCUGCUCAAGAACAGCAAUUUCCCAGCCAACAUGCACCUGCUGGAGGGCGAUCACAACGUGGCCAGCGACCUGCUCAUCGAGGGCACCUCCGGGCGGCAGGUGAGCGAGCUCAAGAUCACCCAACGUCUCCGUCUGGACCAGCCCAAGCUCGACGAGGUGUCCCGGCGCAUCAAGGUGGCGGGUCCCGGUGGCUACGCCAUCCUGCUGGCAGUUCCUGGCACCACAGAGGAUUCGUCUACGUCCGACCCCGCGGCCUCCACUCAGCGCCCGCUCCGUAACCUGGUGUCCUACCUCAACCAAAAACAAGCCGCGGGAGUCAUCAGCCUACCUGUGGGAGGGAGCAGAGAUAAGGACAACACGGGGGUGCUUCAUGCUUUCCCCCCCUGUGAUUUCUCCCAGCAGUUCCUGGAUUCCUCUGCCAAAGCUCUGGCUAAAAGUGAAGAGGACUAUUUGGUCAUGAUUGUGGUUCGUGGAGCAUCUUAAAAAAAAAAAAAAAAAAAAGGAAAAGAAAAAAAAGGAACACACAGAAGUUCAAGUGGUGUAAAAAAAAAAGAAAAAAAAAAAGAAAGAAAAAAAAAGAAUCUGCUGUAUGUCAGUAACUAUUGCAUGCUGCGUGUUCUGCAUUAUGGCGUACACUAGUAUGGUCCUUGAGUGUUUCUAUGUUACCAUGUAAUCCACUGAAAUAACAAACCCUGCCCUCAAACUGAACUAAAAGGAUGUGUGUAUUUGAACUUAUUUUCGAAAGGGUGAAGGAAUUGCUCAGAGUCAUAAACCUGCAGUAACUCAGUCCAAACAUAUUAACACAGUAAAAUAUGAGGAGCAUUUGUUAAAUAAGUUUAAUUUACGAAGAGAUGAGGCGUAUAGAAAACAUUUUUUGACUAAUUGAAAGUUUUAAAAACUGAGCUCUCCAACUCUACUACAAGAAAAUAACAAAAUAAUUUAGAUAUGCACUUAGUAGACACAAUAUCACCCCACUACAAAGAGACCACAAACAAUGGCCUCCCAAGCUACAAUAGUGUGGAGGAUGCACCUCCCUCACUCUGUUAACAACAAAGGUCACGUUUUCUCCACCCUAUUAUACUGCAUUGCCUUAGAUGGUAUGGGGGUUAUUGGGUCUAACCCCUGUGUAGGCAUUGGCACGAGGAGAACUUCAGAAACAUCCUUUUCCAAGGAUUUAAAUGACAAUGUAUUCAUAUUUCUACCACUGAGCAUGACACUUUUUAAUCAACGGUUCUCAGUGGAGGUGGAGUGAAUGUUUUGGUCCAAAGCUAGUCAAGAGGAAAAAAAUCCCGGUAUCAUUUUAAAGGUCAAAACGUGUCGCAAAACCUUUCUCAAGCACAACAUUCAACAGCUGUGUGAAAGGCGCGUGUCGUGCUGCAAGGGUUGUGCGACGUGUUUUCAACUUUGAUGUGCUCACACCGGCCUGCAUGUAUGUGCUCUCAAAGCUGUAAAACAUUUUGGUCACCAGUUUAAAGUAUCUCCCGAUUACACCGGUACAUUUCAGUCCCUAAUGCUGUGAAUUCUGUUUAGAAAGAAACUCAGAUUGUGUUCAGGUUCACGGUUCGGUUUUGAGAACAUCUGUUAUUAAUGUGUUUCUCAGUAUUGGAUCAUCAAGUUUCAAGAUAGACAACGAGCUGCGUGUGUGUCCACUGGUAAAACUAAACUGCUUUACCAGUAUUACCAGUCGUCCACAAAGUCAGUUCUUUGUGGACAUCUGAAUACAUUCAGAUGUGAUAUUUCUGCCCAGGGAACAGCCCAUAACACAAUAACCAUAGCCUAGUAAAGCAAAUACUAACAUGUUGUUCAUAUUUUUUACUUCAUAUUUUAUUUUGUGCAUCCCUACCUUUAGAAAUGGUUGUGUAAUGUGAUCUAUGAAAAACUACAGUAGUAAUGGAUAAAAAAAAAAGCGUAGAGUUUUGUGUUGUUUCAUUUAUUGCUCUGAAAUCGGUAGGUCCUCAAAUAAUAUUAUUAGUCAGUUUUAUUAAUACGUUGGUUCAAAGUGAAAACCUGCUCUUUGUUCAGUGAGUAGGUCUGAGGAAUUCUAAAGUUUUAGAAACACGUUCAUGUUGCAAUUCUUUUAGAGGUUUUAAUUUGACACUACUUGACCCGCCAACAUGCUCUCAACUCUCAAGGCCUACUUAUCCAAUUCUGUUUCGCCAUUGUAUGUUUGUCAUGCAAUAGAAAAUUGCUGAUUUAUGGUUUGAUAUGUAUUGAAAACAUUUAAUGUGUCAGAAAAUUGCUAUGUGUGAACAUCACACCCACUUCAACGUUGGACUCGGAGACGAAAGCCUCUGCAGAGAAGCUGUUUGUGAGUCCUCACUAAUGAGGCAAACUUUAAGUUGUGUAUCCCGACUGCACCUGUGAUGACUUCUGUUUUAAAUGGAAAAAUGAGCAAUGUACACUUUGAUGUCAUGGGAGAGGAAAAUCCAUAGAGCCCAUGCGAAGCUGUUCACAUACCUGCAAGUGCGUUUGGGCACUUAAUGUGACCGAUUAUCAAUAAAUUGUUCAUUUGAAGGGAAACCUGUUUCUUCGAUGGAAGUGAAUUGAAGAAACACGCUGCCAUACCUUAUUGUGUUUCAACGGAGUUGUCACUUGAGAUUCUGUUUCUGCACACGUGGGAGACAACUUGCAGUUUGUUUAGCACCAGUGAAGAGAGACCCCCGCCUCCCCCCCCCCCCCCCCCCGUCUCCUGCCACCUGUACCGCUCAAGGAUCGGCCUGCUCUGAGCUCACUAAGUUGCCCAUCAUAAAUUACUCCCCCCCCCCCCCCACGAAUCUCCGUUCCUCUGUCAACGUUUUCCUGGACAGGAUGGAGGAGCCUUCUCUGCCGGUCGCUCGCAGCCAGCCUGCGGUGCGACACGUUGGCUGGCGCACACAGCCGCGCAGCUCGUGCAGGGUCCGGGGGCAGGAGCCAAUGGCAGCACGCGGCAGUGACCUGUUGUCUCGUUACUCUAAACGCUCCGUGUGGCUCGCACCUGGUCCGGAAUCGGAGCUGAGGAAAAUCCCACCACCGGCCGUCACGCACGCCACUCAGGAGGUUGUGUGUGACGCCUCAUUCGAGCUGAACCACUGGGGUGAUUUGUCUUGAUUGCUCUUUGCCCGGUUAUGAUUUGAUUUGACUUAAUCAGGGAAGAGGAUUGGCCCAGACCCUCAGCUAGGAAUAUUGUUCACCACCGUCUCCGGGUUCUCCGCCGAUCGAACCGUCUCCGAGGAGACGAGCGAAGACGUGCGUUUGUGGAGCCCAAGCAGUGUUACAUCAUCACCCGAGGUGCGCUGCAGCGUGGAGAUGAAGUACCAGCGGCCCAAAUUGUUUUCCCUUUUUUCACUCUUCUGGAAGUAAUCCACACUGCGGACCCCUACUCUCCUCCAAAUUCCUCCAGCAGACUUGUUUAUUUUGCCAACGUCUUUUAAAAAAAAAAAAAAAUCAUUUUAAGGCCACUUACCACAGGAAAGAAAAAUGCCAUUUCCUCCUCCCUUUUAGUCAUACUAAUGUGAAAACAGAUGGUGUGUAGAAGGACCUCUGACUUCACUAGAGAAACAUUGAGGACCGUGGAGCUCCUGCUUUCCUCUCACGGUCUACCUGACAAAUCACACUCACGCACACCAGACACCCGGGACGGGUCGCUCUUUGACUGCUGUAUAGAAAGGACACCAGGGUGAGUAACGGAGAGAGAGAGAGAGAGAGUGCUGUCUGCCGGGUCUGUAUCGGUGGCUUAGGCAGCACUGGUAAGUAUAAAGUGUUAACACCACACACUUCAUAAUAACACAUGCAAGAUGGCACAGUCGUUUUUUAGCCAGAGAUAUUACUGAGGUCAUUUUCACUGACGGCAGAAUUCCUAUUGUGAGAGAACGGGGUGAUUUUAACAACAACAACUCAUCGCACAGAGUGCUGCUCCCAUCAGCAGAUUGCAAAUCAACUCAACCGAGGUACAUGCUGUGAUAGUGGACAUUUUUCUUGUAUAAUUCAUGCAGAUGGGUUUGUUCAAAUGAAUUGACAUUGCUAUUGCAGUUGGUCUACCAAAUGUAAUCCUUAUCAAUCAACGUUCAUGUUGGCACUCUUCAAAAACCCAAAUAGCCAAAUAGUACGGGAAAAGUCUUCAGGAUUUAAAAUGGUUAAUAUCUCCUUUAAGACACAUUCUUUCAUAUGUAGCAUUGUGAGUAGGCCACUUGUCAGCAAAGACAAUAUUAUUCAAAGAAAAUGUGUUGGAUUGUUUUUUAUUUAACCCUAAAGCAUUAACGUCAGUUAGGCCAAUGUCCUUUAAAGGAAAGGGACUUUAGGCAAAAGGAAAUAUUCCUUGCAUUCAAAGAUGUCAAUUAGUAAAGGUCACAAAUGAAAGCCUCCAGUCAAUAUAGUCAAGAACAUGAAUGUGAGAUUUAAAAUAGGCUCAGUGACCUUUUUAAAUCCAUCACACCCCAUUAGUUAGAAAUCCAAAUGUCGAUAGUGAAAACAAAAUGAAUCUGUGGACAAUACUUGGCUGUUUCACUGGUACCAGAAUGCUGUCUCUUUGCUCUGCUGCCCGUCUACUGGGGCUGUGUGAGCAGCUGUAUGCGCUGUUUGUCAUAGCGGGUCAAACAGAGGUAUGCACAUUAACAAAUCAAUAGAUCGAGGAGCAAGAAUGCACAAUGCUUCACAAAUGACCAGAUAGGACCUCUUAUGCCCUCUCAAAACAAGGAAGGGUUAAAGGCUACUUUGUGAAAUCAAUAGACCAACAUCUGGAGAAAAGAAGUUGUUCCGAGUCAACAGAUUAGCAGAUAAGAGUCGUUACCUCUAAUGCGCUGUGUGUGUGUAUGUAGGUACCAAUCAUUUUGGGCUAGUGUUCAACCGAACAUUCACCUCGGUUCCACACAUCUCUUUUCUCAUGUAAUGAUGCGGUUGGAAAGAGCAAUGAUUUGACUACUGGACAAACAUUAAUCCACAAUGUUUCACUUGAUUAAUCAACCAAGCCAUGCUAAUUGCGGUGCGUAAGCACCCACUUGAAUAUGAUGUCGCUAACCAGCACAAACAAUACAUUUCUUUUGACUUGAAACUGCUGCCGUGAUUAAAACAUGUUUUACAUGUGUUUCCUUUACAGAGUCACACUGGACAGCAGGACAUCCGUUUGUUUGCAACACCCACACGCGAUGUCAUCUACUGUAAGUAACCUGUUUACUUUAAUUAACAGUGCAUCAACAAUCUGAAUCACAUGAAAUGUUGAGGUCUUUUUUUACCAUAUGAAAUAAAUACAAGCAUUUGUUGGGUCGACCGGAGAUUAAUGUAAACGGUCUGAAUAAUUUUGUUUGAUCAUGUCAGUGUGUCUAGAAAAAUGUGUCAAUAAAAUAUGUAAAAGAUG